AUGGUUCGAUGAGGAAACUCUGGAAACUGUCGGUAGCAAUGUCCAGAGUUUCCUCAUCGAACCAUCACAAGAUGGCAUCAGUUCUGCAUUUCAGUGUGUUCCUCUUUCUGGUCUGUGCUUUAGGGAUUGGAGCAAAUGUAAAUGGCAAAGCUUCCAGUUCCUGUCCUAGUGGUUGGACUCGUCAAGGCUCUCGCUGUUUCACGUUCCAUCGUGGUAGUAUGGACUGGGCUACUGCAGAGCUUACUUGCGUUCGUAAAGGUGGGAACCUGGCCUCCAUUCACAACCAACGCGAGCAAAACUUCAUCACGCAGCUGAUUCGCAAACUGAGCGGUGAAAACACAAAAACCUGGAUUGGAGGCUACGACGCAGUCAAGGAGGGGUUGUGGCUUUGGUCUGAUGGGUCCACGUUUAACUACAAAGGUUGGAAAAAAGGCCAGCCUGACAAACAUGUCCCACCUGAACACUGCGCAGAGACCAACUUCAAAGGAGCCUUCUGGAAUAAUGCUUCCUGUAAAGUGAAGAGGUCUUUCCUUUGUGUCAAAAAUCUGUGAUUCUGAUCAGGACGUGUUGAUGAUGUCAGGCCUUGAUGACAUCAUCAACAGCUUUACUGAGAGUUUAAAUCCACUUUCUGUUGAGCCAGUAAACUCUUACAUGCAUGUGCUUAUGGAUUCUGAAUAAAACAUCACCAAAUGAUGUGACAUUUGGGAAACAAUAAAAAAAUCUCUUGUCAUUGUGCUUUUUGUGUGCGUGUGUUGGACAUAUCGAUGAUAUUAUGGUAAAUAAAUUGAAAGGCAAGAUAAUCUAUUAAAAGAAACUUAAAU